UCCCCCUUCUCUCCGCCACUCGACUCUUUCCCAACUCUCGUCGGUCCUCUCCGUGCUGUCCUGUGCCGCUUCUCUCCUGUCAUCCCCCGGCCCUCCAUUACGGUGGAUUCAUGCUCGGCUCUCGCCCUCCUCCGUCGCCAUGCAGAACAACCACAAUAAGGAGCAUCUCUAUAAGAUUCUUGUGAUAGGGGACCUCGGGGUCGGCAAGACCAGCAUCAUCAAGCGGUAUGUCCAUCACAACUUCAGCCCCAACUACCGAGCCACCAUCGGGGUGGACUUCGCACUGAAAGUCCUCAACUGGGACCAGGAGACGGUGCGCCUACAGCUGUGGGACAUUGCAGGUCAGGAGAGGUUUGGCAACAUGACCCGCGUGUACUACCGCGAGGCCAUGGGCGCCUUUAUUGUGUUUGACGUCACAAGGCCCGCCUCCUUUGAGGCCAUCACCAAAUGGAAGGAGGACUUGGAUUCCAAACUGACACUUGCCAAUGGGAAACCUGUUGCCACUGUGCUUUUGGCUAAUAAAUGCGACGAGGGCCGGGACGUACUGACCAAUAAUGGAAUAAAGAUGGAGAAGUUCUGCCAGGAGAACGGUUUUGUGGGAUGGUACGAGACGUCCGCUAAGGAAAACAUCAACAUCGAUGAAGCGGCUAACUGCUUGGUGAAACACAUCAUUGCCAGUGAGAAUGACAUGCUCCAAUCAGAAGUCCCGGACACCAUCACCCCCCAGUUAGAGAACGACAAAGGCGGGACAUGCUCCUCCUGCUUCAGGUCCCAGUAAGAGCCCUCGACAGCUGGAUGUCCUUUUGUAUCUCAUUACACACAAAGUUGAGUUUGUCUGUGAGCAGGAGACUGAGGGAGAAGUGCUUUGGCUGUUUUUUUGUUUUUAGGAAGCAUUUACUGGUGCCAACUCUUUCCCAGUCUUGUAGCUCGGAUGGGGGGGUUGGGGGAUGGGUGCUUAGAGGAUGGCAGACAGGCAGCUGGCUCAAGAAAUGAAGACAGAAAGAGAGGAAUAGAGAUGGCUGCAGCUGUGUGCGCUUGUCAAAGGCAAAGUCACCUUCUGGACGACUUCAAGUCUUACAGUUAAUGAACACAUGCACAAAAAGAUUGCAGCAAAUCACAGUAUAUCUGUAAAAGGGUCCAUAGAGGUAAUCUCUAGUUGUUAUCUCUCUCCCUCCUUCUCUUGCCCCACUCUGUGUCUGAGUUUGUCUCUGCUUGUUUCUCUCUCCUCAGCCCUCCCUAGUUUUUCACACGUCAUUCUGGUCGAAUAAACAGGCGGAAAGCACAUUUAUCUAUCGUUUUCCUCCAGAUAUUGAAAUUCAAUCUCAGUCCUGAUAACACUACAGCUGUAUUAUUCGCUAUGGUUUCUUCCGAUUUGGUUUUAUUUCAUUUUGUUUGGUCAUUUUUAUGGCACUGUCUUUUCUUGUCUUACCUCAUCUGCCAGCUCAGUAAUGUAUAGCGGAUUAUAUUGAUAAUUAAAGUGCCUUUUCUAAACCAUUUUAUUUAAUGUCAUCAAUAGAUGUAUUCAAUGCAUAUUGUAUUUAUAAGUGCACUUAAAGGUGUGUAGAAUGACCUCACUUUUCAUCACGGAGGUAAGCUUCCACUCAUUUCCAUGGCAACACAUUCAAAAUACUAUGCCAAACAUUGUGUGUUUCAAAGAAUGACUCCUUAAAGCAACAAUAAAGUCUAUUGUUCCAUUAAAUGGUUUUAUAUUAAAUCUGAAUUCCACUGUUCAAUAUUUGUAAUAUUUGUAAUUAUGGAAUAAAUGCAUUUAUAUAUAAAUAUAUACAAACAUGUACAUAAUAUAUGGAAUAUAAUGAGAAUCCAGUUUUCAACAUGCACUUAUGAAUAAACCAUAGCUUU